GAGAGAGAGAGAGAGAGAGAGCGAGCGAGAGAGAGAGAGAGAGAGAGAGAGAGAGAGGGAGACAGAUAGAGAGAGCGAGAGAGAGAGAGAAGUGUCAGGCGAACUGUUGGAAACUACUCGACCGACUGACUGAGAGACUCCGGCUGAAGGUUGUUCACGUCGAUGCGGCCGCUUUCCUCUCCCGUUGUGUGAGAACGGACAGCGCGCGACCCCGUCGCUCCACAGAGGUUUGUGGUGCUCCUCGUUCGAAUUUCCUGCCGUUACAUGGUAACACGGAGCUGAAGGCAAGAGGGCGUUGAAGAUGGCAGUGUGGAUCCAGGCCCAGCAGCUCCAGGGAGAUGCUCUGCACCAGAUGCAGUCCCUAUACGGUCAGCAUUUCCCCAUUGAGGUGCGACAUUAUCUGUCCCAGUGGAUAGAGGGCCAGCUCUGGGAUGCCAUAGACCUAGAGAACCCACAGGAGGAGUUCAAGGCCAAACGGCUGCUGGACAGUCUGAUCCAGGAGCUGCAGAACAAGGCAGAGCACCAGGUGGGAGAGGACGGUUUUCUACUGAAAAUCAAACUGGGACACUAUGCCAGCCAGCUCAAGAGCACGUAUGACCGCUGUCCGCUGGAGCUGGUCCGAUGCAUCAAACACAUCCUCUACACGGAGCAGAGGCUCGUCCGAGAAGCCACCAAUUCGAGCUCUCCAGUGGGAGGGAUGAUGGACAGCAUGUCUCAGAAAUACCAACAGAUCAACCAAGCUUUUGAGGAGCUUCGCCUGCUGACCCAGGACACGGAGAAUGAUCUGCGCAAGCUCCAGCACAACCAGGAGUACUUCAUCAUCCAGUACCAGGAGAGCCUCCGCAUCCAGGCUCAGCUGACCAGCCUGUCUGCGCUGCCCCCUGCUGACCGACAGCUACGGGAGCCCGCCCUUCUCAACAAGAGAGCCACUGUGGAGGCAUGGCUGACCAGAGAGGCCAACACACUACAGAAAUACAGACUGGACUUGGCAGAGAAGCACCAGAAAACACUGCAGGUGUUGAGGAAGCAGCAGACCAUUAUUCUGGAUGACGAGCUGAUCCAGUGGAAGAGACGGCAGCAGCUGGCAGGCAACGGGGGCCCGCCGGAGGGAGGCCUGGACAUCCUGCAGUCCUGGUGUGAGAAGCUCGCAGAAACUAUCUGGCAAAACAGGCAGCAGAUUCGGAGGGCAGAGCACCUCAGACAACAGCUGCCCAUCCCCGGACCCAUUGAAGAGCUCCUCAACGAACUCGGCAGUACUAUCACAGAUAUCAUCUCAGCAUUGGUCACCAGCACCUUCAUCAUUGAGAAACAGCCGCCACAGGUGCUAAAAACCCAAACCAAGUUUGCCGCCACGGUGCGCCUCCUAGUGGGUGGGAAAUUGAACGUGCACAUGAACCCUCCGCAGGUGAAAGCCACCAUCAUUAGUGAACAGCAAGCCAAGGCCCUGCUGAAGAACGAGAGCACAAGGAAUGAUAGCAGUGGAGAAAUUCUCAACAAUAACUGCGUGAUGGAGUUCCACCAGACUACAGGCACUCUCAGCGCCCACUUCAGGAACAUGUCGUUGAAGAGGAUCAAGCGAUCGGACAGGCGAGGAGCGGAAUCUGUCACAGAGGAGAAGUUCACCAUUCUGUUCGAGUCGCAGUUUAGCGUCGGAGGCAACGAGCUUGUCUUUCAAGUGAAGACGUUAUCCCUUCCUGUAGUAGUGAUAGUUCACGGUAGCCAAGACAAUAACGCCACGGCAACUGUGUUGUGGGACAACGCUUUUGCCGAGCCGGGACGGGUGCCUUUCCUCGUGCCAGACAAGGUGCUUUGGCCUCAGUUGUGUGAUGCCAUCAACAUGAAGUACAAGGCUGAGGUGCAGAGUAACCGAGGCCUGUCGGAGGAGAACCUGGUCUUCCUGGCUCAAAAGGCCUUCAGCAGCUCCAGCAACAACCCUGAAGACUACCGCAACAUGACCAUGACUUGGUCACAGUUUAACAGGGAAAGCUUGCCAGGGAGGAACUUCACAUUCUGGCAGUGGUUUGAUGGCGUGAUGGAACUCACAAAAAAGCAUCUCAAACCACACUGGAAUGACGGAGCCAUACUGGGCUUUGUGAACAAACAGCAGGCUCAGGACAUGCUGAUGUCCAAACCCAACGGUACUUUCCUUCUGCGCUUUAGUGACUCUGAGAUCGGAGGAAUUACAAUUGCCUGGGUGGCAGAAAAUCCUAACAAAGCAGGUGAGAGGAUGGUCUGGAACCUCAUGCCCUACACAACCAAAGACUUCUCUAUUCGCUCUCUGGCUGACCGCAUCAGCGAUCUCAAUCACCUCCUGUUCCUCUACCCCGACAGACCCAAGGAUGAGGUUUUCUCCAAAUAUUACACCCCACCCCUGUCCAAAGCAGUGGACGGUUACGUGAAGCCGCAAAUCAAACAAGUGGUGCCCGAGUUUACUACAGCCAAUCCAGACUCAGCAAGUGGAAAUCCAACCUAUAUGGAUCACGGCGCCUCCCCAGCACCUGUCAGUCACCCUCACACCUACGGCAUAUUCCCACCUAUGAGUGACUCUAUGUUGGACGCGGACGGAGACUUCGAUCUGGACGACACCAUGGACGUGGCGAGGCAUGUAGAGGAGCUCCUUCGGCGGCCUGUAGAGAGCCAGUGGGGCGGCCAACAGUCCUGACCCUUGACCUUUUAACCCGUGACAACACCAAACAAACCCUGCUUCCCAACUUGCCCCAACCGCAUUGACAUUUCUCAUGGUUUAAUUCCAUUAAUUUCUCUCUUUUUCUUCUGAUAGCUAUAAUGUGAAAUGUUAAUAAUGGUUGUGAUUUUUAUUUUGUUCUUCUGUUCAGCAUGAGAGCAUGCAUGUCGGUGACUUCUCUUUUUAUUUGUGUCCAUAAGUGUUUGUAAAACAGACUAGGUAUAAAGCAAAAGCUGCAAUGUUACAUUAUAGUGAAAAAAAGAAAAGGAAAGGAAAUGUCCAUUCACAUCGCGCGUGAAUUUUCCACUGGAUUUUCAAAAGAUUCAAAAGAGAAUAUGCUUUUUAACAGUUGCCUGUUUCUUUCUUUGACACAUGUUCUGCUUUGUAAAUGGGUUAUUAGUAUUUUGAGUGACGUUGACCUUUGACAAAGAAAAGAAACGUUCAUGAAGAGUUUUGCUUUUGCUGUUAAUAACAUAAUCGGAGUCAUUGCUCUGCAGUCAGUUGUUUUCAAUCCAUAUACACUUACCUAAAAAGGCAGAGUGACUCUUUGCUCUCUGCAACUGACAACGCGUGCAUCAGCGCACGGUACACGCGCUGAAGUGGACGAUGUAUUUGUUCCUGAUUGGUUCACCAGCUUGAAACCCGGGAGGGGGAGGGGCGGUUCGUCCACGCCCUUCCCCUCGCGCGCUCACCACGUGUUCUGUUUGGUAACGCACACAUGCAACACGUCGGCAUUUCCCCGACGCUGCCAUGCUCGUCCCCCCGUCGUCGAUGCUACCUCUCAUUAUCCUGCUGACGGUCGUCUCUCGUUGUUGCCGCACCACGUACCUUCGGUCCUCGUGCUUCGUGUUACAUAAUGUCGUCAAACUCUGUUUGACACACCUCUGUGACAAUCACGCCGCUGUGACGUCACGACCGCAGCUGAAGUUGCGGUGCACGCAGGAGAUCGAUCCGUGCGCUCGUGCGUACGUAGGCUUUUUUUGCAGCGUCCGUCCCCUUUAAAGAUAUCGAAUUUAUUGGUCGACUAGAAAAGAUUGAGACUAUUUCCCCCUCUUCUCUCUCACGCACGCGCGCGCGCGCACACAUGAUGCUGAAUAGAGAAAGUGUCAACAGCCUUGCACCUCAGGAAUGAAUCUAUUCGCUUAUGUACAAGUCAAAUAGAAAAUGAUCAAUGUCGACAGAAUAUAUGAAUUUAUUUUCUCUAUCAUAAUUCUAUCUAUUAUUGUUUCCCUGGCACUCCCCCUUAUUGAAUGCAAACCGAGCCCGUUGAGGAUGUUUCUACAAAUGCCUCCUCAGUCAGAAGUCUUGUAUCACCAGAAGUACCAGUUGAAAAGGGACACCAAGCAACUGGAGAUCAGAGAUGAAGAUGCAUGUAUGAUGUACUUUUGUCUUUGUCGGACAGACAUUAAUAUUUAAGAUAUUCCCUCGUCAUUUUCUCCUUCAAACAUUUUUUUUUUUUUUGUACUUCCGUUAAUUUUUAAAUCCCAGGCUAGAUGAGCUGUUUUGUGAUAAAUCCUUCAUGACCGGUCUCCUCGUCAUUUUCUCAUCAAAGCUUUGUUCCACAGUAGACUGUUGUUUUUGUUUUUAUUUUGAUGAUGAUGAUGAUGAUGAUGAUGAUGAUGAUGGCGCUGUGUGCUGUUCGAUGUAUGUACCAUGUUUGUGGUUUGGGUUUUAUCACUUGGAGGUUUUCCAAGAGAAACAGCUGUUGAGUGGAAAAGAAGAAAAUAAAGUUUUAUAAAUAAUUUUAACUACUAUGUAAUUUAUAGCAGCAUUUCAACAUUUUCACAUAAUUUUAAGAUUUUGAUGUCACUACAAAAUAAAUGCUAUUUCUUUGUUGUCA